UGUACAGCAGGCAAACGCAACCGCCUCCGCAGUCAAACUUCAAAAAACGAGCCUGGAUUAUAGUUCGCCUCGAUUAUUGUCGUUGAUUAUCUUUUGGACAUUAACAUCCCUUACUCAAAUCAAAUCCCAGCGUUCUUUGGAAUCAUGCCAUCAAAUUUACCAUAUGCUGCAGACGCAGAGAGUCCCCUAAAACCCGCCGAACUACAAGUGCUCAGAGCACAGUACGAGAAAGAAGGCGACUACGUUGGGGUACAGACCAAGUUUAACUAUGCCUGGGGCUUGAUCAAAUCAAAUCAGCGAAGCGAGCAACAGCUCGGCGUCCAACUACUUUCCGAUAUAUUUAAGACCACUCCCGAACGAAGAAGAGAGUGCCUGUACUAUCUGGCGCUGGGAAACUACAAGUUGGGCAACUACGCAGAGGCACGGAGGUACAAUGAUCUGUUACUGGAGAAGGAGCCUGGCAAUCUGCAGGCCAGCAGCUUGAGGCAGUUGAUCGAUGACAGGGUGUCGAAGGAAGGAUUGAUGGGGAUCGCCAUCGUUGGAGGCGUCGCUGUUGCUGCGGGAAUCUUGGGCAGUAUGAUGAUGAGAGGAUCACGGCGGCGAUGAUGCUCUCGAGAGAAUGUUGUUCUUGGAGCGUGGUCUCGCCCAGAAUGAUAACGGGUUACCAAGUCUCCGAAUGUUCUUCUGAUGUCCUAGACCGAGAAGCGAGACCGUCUCAGAAUGUGUCGAAAGGGCUAGGCCUGUACAAAAUUCCGGUACCUUUGCUGAAAUUAAUGAUAUAUUCUACUUUGCUGCUCCGGACGGAGUGAAUUAAAUGACUGAUUAUUGUGUCCAAAGACAUAUUCA